AUGUUUUCUAGAUUCGUAAGACCUACAGUGAUUUCGGCGAGAAAUUUCAGCACUUCCAAACAGCAAAACUACAAAGUAGCCGUUUGCGGAGCCUCAGGGGGCAUCGGCCAGCCCUUAUCCCUUCUACUCAAAAUCAACCCGUUAGUGAGCGAAUUAUCCCUCUACGAUCUAGUCCACACCCCCGGCGUAGCAGCCGAUUUGUCCCACAUCGAAACACCAGCCAAGGUCAAAGGUUUCAACGGUCCGGAGAACCUCAAAGAAGCCCUACGCAACGCCAAUGUAAUCAUCAUACCCGCCGGCGUGCCCAGGAAACCUGGCAUGACCCGCGACGAUCUGUUCAACACCAACGCCGGCAUCGUCAAAGCCUUGGCCGAAUGCGCCGCGGAAGUGGCCCCGCAGGCUCUCAUAGGCAUCAUCACCAAUCCCGUCAAUUCGGCGGUACCGAUAGCGGCCGAGGUGUUGAAAAAAUCCGGUAAAUUCGAUCCGAAACGGCUGUUCGGCAUCUCCACGUUGGACAUCGUCCGAGCGAACACCUUCAUAGCCGAGGCCAAGGGCCUGAACCCCAAGGACGUGAACGUACCGGUCAUCGGGGGCCAUUCGGGCGUUACCAUCAUACCGCUUCUGUCGAGGGCCACGCCUUCGGUGUCGUUCCCCAAAGAUCAGCUCGAGGCUCUCACGAGCAGGAUACAGGAGGCCGGUACUGAAGUGGUUAAAGCGAAAGCAGGCGCUGGUUCGGCGACGCUUUCCAUGGCCUACGCGGGCGCCAGGUUCGCCAAUUCCUUGCUGAGGGGGCUCAAAGGGGAAUCGAACGUGAUCGAAGCGGCCUACGUGCAAUCGGACGUGACCGAAGCCCAAUACUUUUCCACGCCGUUGGUUUUGGGGAAGAACGGUAUCGAAAAGAACCUGGGCUUGGGCAAGCUGAACGAUUUCGAGCAGGAGCUGCUGAAGAAGGCGAUGCCGGAGCUGAAGAAGAACAUCGAGGCUGGAGUGAAGUUCGCCAACGCUUGA